AUGUCUUUGAAGCCACAGUAUAACCUGAAGAACCUUCUGGACAAGUUGGACCAUGAGGAGUUAAGGACCUUCAAAUCUCUGCUGAAGCCCCUCAUGGAGCCAGGCGUGGACCUGCGGAUCUUCCCCUGGGAUGAGGUGGAAGAGGCCAGUGGUAGCAAACUGGCUGAAAUCCUGGAGGACAGACUGCCCAGGGCGAGUCUCAGGAAGACCAUCUGGUCUAUCUUGGAGAAGAUGGAGCUGCCUCAGAUCCUGGAGGAUGUUGAGACACCAGUAAUAGAAGAACAAAUGCAGCGGGAGGAACUGAAAUGCAGGGAGAUGGAAAAGUCAGAGGACAUUGAGAAACCAGUAAUAGAAGAGCAAAUGCAGGGAGAGGAACUGAAAUGCAGGGAGACAGAAAAGCCAGACAACACGGAAGGGCAGAGUGAUGCCAGAGACAGCCUGGCUAGGUUCUGGAAGAGUCGAUUUUGUCUGGACCACACCUACCUCUCCGGAGUCAUAGAGAGAAACCGGAAUCUGAUCCCAUUUCUGGAUCCGCAGGUCAUCCUCCGGGGGCGGUCCGUGGUGCUACAUGGGCCCCCGGGUGCUGGGAAGACUACCGUGGCCAGGAAGUUGGUUCUGGAGUGGGCAGACGGCAGCCUGGCCCACCUCUUCUCAUGGGUCUUCUACCUGAGCUGCAGGGAGCUCGCCCAGAUGGCACCCUGCACGCUGGUGGAACUGCUCUCCCAUGAAUUCCCUGAGCUGGAGAGUGAUGUGGUGCAGUUCCUGGAGGAGCCCCAGGAAGCCCUGAUCAUCAUCGAUGGCUUGGAGAAGAUGAGCAUCCCCAGGUUGGACUCCAGGAUUGAUCUCUGCAUGGACUGGCUGGAAGAGAACCCAGUGCCAGUCCUGCUAAGCAGCUUGCUGCAGGGGACAUUGGUGCCCAAUGCUACCUUACUGAUCACCACAACCCCCAGCACCCUGCGGGAGCUCAUACCCCUGGUGGGCCAGGCGCAGUUCUGCAGCAUCCCAGGCUUCUCAGAGGCGGAUACGCAGGAGUUCUUCCUUAGGCACUUCAGAGACCAGGCCCAGGCCCAGAGAGCCCUGGAGGCUGUGCAGAGCAACGAAGCCCUGCUGGCCAUGAGCCGGGUGCCCUCCAUGUGCAGGCUGCUGUGCACAUGUCUGGAGCCAGUGAUGGAGAGGGGCGAGGAUCCCACCACUGCCUGCCAGACCUCCACUGCCCUGCUCCUCCACUUCUUCCAGGACCAGUUCUGCCACCCCCGCUCCUGCCCCAGUGCCCUGGCCCCUGGGCUGGAGACCCUGUGCCGCCUGGCUGCCCAGGGCCUGUGGGCCCAGACAUCUGUGUUCUACCUGGAAGACUUGGAGAAACUUGGGGUGCAGGAGAUCAGCUUGCACCCCUUCCUGGACAAGUGCCUCAUCCAGAAGGACUUGAACUAUCGGUACUACAGUUACUCCUUCAUCUACCCCGUCCUCCAGCAGUUCCUGGCCGCCCUGUUCUAUGUCCUGAAGCCCCAGGAUGGGGAAGGCCGAGGCCGCCAACCCUGGGAUGACAACAUUGAAGAUGUGGGUAAGCUGUUCUCCAGAGAGGCCCGGCUACGGAACCCCGGCCUGGCCCAUGCGGGCCACUACCUGUUCGGCCUCCUAAACAGGAAGAGGGCCCAGGAGCUGGAGGCGACCUUUGGCUGCCACAUAGACCUGGAGAUCCGACAGGAGCUGCUAGGGUGUGGGGCGGAGGAGAGCAGGCCCUUCCUCCUGCAGAUGGAGCAGAGUGAAGUCUUUAGCUGGCUCUACGAAUCUCAGGAUGAGGAGCUGGUGAGGGAGGCACUGGCACCCUUUGAGGAAAUGUCUGUGAUCCUGAAGAGCCGCCAGGAUCUCCUGCACGCGUCCUUCUGCCUCAAGCAUUGCCCGGGCCUGCACAAGCUCACGGUGCAGGUGGUCAGGGGGCUGUUCCGGGAGAAUGAUGGCGCUCAGCUGAGCUUCUACCUAAAGCAUGGGAGGUUUCAGUCUGACAGCAGCUGCCUCUCCUUGUGGCUGGAUCUCUGCUCUUCGAUGUGCUCCAACCCCAACCUGAGUACCUUGUCCAUCAACCAGAGCUUUCUGAGCUCCUCCUCAGUGCAGGUGCUCAGCCAACACCUGAGCAGCAAGACCUGCCUUGUCAAUAAAGUGCUGAUCCAAUACCUCACCCCCGAGUUCAUCUAUCCAGUUCUGUGCCUGGGCCUCAUCGGCAAGCAAAGCCUCACCCACCUGGCCCUGGAGGGGCGCAUCCAGGAGGACUGGGCACGCCUGCUGCUGAUGCUUGGGGAGAUGCUGAAGAACCAGCACUGCGGCCUGCAGUCCCUGAGGCUGGGCACCUGCUGCCAUGCAACCCCCCAGCAGUGGGCUAACUUCUUCCUGGCCGUCCAAGCCAGCCCAUCCCUGACGGCCCUGGACCUCACGGACAAUGAGAUCCUGGACCAGGGCUCUAUGCUGCUGUGUGAGACCCUGAUGCAGCCUCUCUGCUCCAUACAGAAGCUGUCCCUGGAGAACUGUCAGCUCACACAGGCCUGCUGCAAGAAGUUGGCAUCCACCCUUGUCGUCAGCCAGCUGACCCACCUGAGCCUGGCCAACAAUAACCUCGGAGAUGAGGGGGUGAAAAUCCUAUGUGAGGGCCUGAAUCACCCCGACUGCCAACUGCAGAGCCUGGUGUUGCGCCGCUGCAACAUCAGGAAAGAUGGCUGCCGCCCCCUCUCCAGGCUUCUCCAGACAGGCUGCAGUCUCACAAGCCUGGACCUGAGUCUGAAUUUCAUCGACAGUGGUCUCUUGAUGCUCUGUGUUGCCUUAAGGAGAGGAAAUUCCAUGCUGAGAACCCUGGGGCUCUGGGGCUGUGCCAUCAGUCCUCUGUACUGCCAGGAGCUUGCGAUGGCCCUCCACGACAACCAGGAGCUGCACAUGCUGGACCUGGGCCAGAAUAACUUGGGGAAGACUGGAGUCCAGGUGAUCUUGGAAGCUUUAAAAACUAGCCGCACUUCUCUGAAGAUUCUCAGGUUGAAGAUGGGUGAGUCGAGCGAGAAGAUGCAGAAUCUCCUGCAGGAAGUGAAGAAGCACCUCCCUGGCUUGGUGAUCGAGGAGGUGACCAGCUCCACAGUGCUGUCUUACUGGGAUUUCUUUUCUCUGAGCCCCUGA